AUGUACUAUCCUAGACCGCUGGACUCUAACAACCAAAUUCCGAGUGAUGCCAAAUCAUGCGCACAACAUAAAGGCUUCAAACGGGAAUUGGAUGCGAUUCACGGAGGCUUACACAAGUCUCCAAAGCAAGACGCCAUCGGGUAUGAAAUCUAUGGUUCCGCAGCUCGAAGAAGCUUCCUAUGUACUAUGUGUGAAGAGCCAACUGUUGCAAUGGUCUCUGGCUUGAUUAACGAUUAUGCGGUACUACAUAUGAAUGAUAUGGCGGCGAGAUGGGAAGGGAAGGUAAUGGGAAGAAGGGACAGGGAUAGGGGAUGGUUGGAGGAAGAUGGAGGUGAUAACAAGGAAAAGUCGGGAUUGAGAGGAAGAAUGAUAGGGGAUCCAGGGGAAGACAAUGUAUGUGGGGGGAGCAAAGGCGGGGGAGAAUUGAAGAGAGACGCGAUGGGGAUCUUGAGGGGGCGGAUGAUGACGAUGUGA